AGAAUAUCAUUCUGUCAGCCAGAACCUACGCCAGGGAGAGUAAUGUCCAGGCACUGGACAUCCUGUUCACCUAUCAUGGAGCAGAGCUUCUCCAACACCGAUUGGCUAUCCUCUUCAACUUCCCAGAAACCACCUCGCCACACGAGUACACCAUCCUGCUGCCGGAGGCCUGUGUGGAUGAGAGAGGCGAUUUGGGGGUGAUCCCCUGGGAUGAACAGAGACACAGGGAGAUGGACUGGUGUGAGGAGGACCAGUGCAGGACGGUAUUGGAUCAAAACCUCCAGGACCAUGCCCACUUCCUGUAUGAGGACGCUCCUGAUUGGCUGCGGUUCCGUACGGCCACGCCCCCCAUGGACCUGUUGACUGACUGGUACCUGAGCCGUGCCCAGGACAUCGACUCCUGUUCUAGACAGGUGGACUGUGCACUGUCAUUGGUGCGUCUCGGGAAGGAGCGGGAUAUCCCGGGGUUGGAGCGGCUGUGUGAUGACCUGGUAACCAUGGAGACGUUGGUGUACGAGACAGCGUGCGAGCUCAGCCUGACACUAAGAGACUUGCAGCAGCUCGGUGACAUCGACAAGCUCCGCCUCCUCAUGAAGAACUCCAGUGCAGAGCGCUAUGUUAAAGAUGUGUUCCAGUGGAUGGUUCCUUUCCUGCAUCGCUGUGAAAAGCAGAGCGGGGGCGCUAGUGAGGCCCUGCUGAGAGAAUAUCUGGUGACCCUCUCUCGGCAAGACCUGUCUCUACCCCUGGCUGUCUUCCAACACUCCAGACCUGACAGCCAGCAGAAGGUGCUUGGGGACCCAGAUCAGCUGAUGACUGUGGCGUUGGAGUGUAUCUACAGCUGUGAGAGAGACGAUCAGCUGUCCCUCUGCUACGACAUCCUGGAGUGUCUCCCUCAGAGAGGCUACGGGCCGGAGACGAACAUCACCGCAUCUCUCCACGAUCAGGUGGACAAACUGGAAAAACACCUCAGUGUGGUAGAGGUGUUGGAGAAGCAUGGUCUUCAGAAGCCUGUUUCCUAUGUGAGGAGCAGCCAGACCAGUACAGAGGAGGCUCAUGCUCUCAUGGUCAAACUCUGCAGACACACCGGGCGCAGGACCCCCCCUGUCAGUGAGUCUGUGUGGAGAGGUGUUCUACAGGACCUGCUGGACAUGCAGCACAGCGUGUACACCUGUCUCCUACCUGACACCUGUCACCAGAUAUUUGUGGAGUCAUUGCUGUGCAGUAGCCGCCCAGAGAACGUAGUCCUGGCUGGUCAGCUGAUACACUGUUCAGCGGUCAGCCAUGAUGUGGUUCCGGUCAGCGGGUCAUUCCGAGACCGGGGUCGCGGCGGGUUGAGCGCUAAGGUCAACUACCACACAGCCGUAGAGCUGGUUCUGGCUGCUGCCAGGGAAUAUUUCAACUCGUCCACCACCCUCACCGACCCCUGUAUAGAACUGGCACGGGAAUGUCUGAAGCUGAUCACAGACUGUCCACCUGCAGUUCAGGAGGAGAUGGAUAUCAUCAGCUCCCUCUCUGUGCUGGAGUCCUUCAAUGUCAAUAUACUACCACUACAAGUGCGUCUGCGUGUGGAGCGGUUGUCUAUAAUUGAGCAGUGUAUUUCCCAGUGUUCUAAGGCCUACACACAAUCAGCCCUGCUUCUGGACCUGGCCUCACUGCUCCGAGUCGCAGGUGGUGAUGAGUGGAGGUGUAAGGGUCAGGUGUUCUCUCUACUAGCUCAACAGGCUCUUCAGGCGCUGGACUACAAGACCUCCUACAUACACUGUCAGGACCUCAUGGCCUCAGGUUAUGGUGAUGGCUGGGAAGUGUGUAGCCUGCUUGGACAGUGUGAGGGGUACAUGGACCUCAGGGCUCGCCAGGAGCUGUUGGCCUUCUCUUUGACAUACUGCCCCCCCGCCAGCAUCCACCCCCUCCUGGCUGCCUCUAGUGACCUACAGACACAGGUGUUGUACCAGGCAGUGAACUAUCAGAUGGAUCCCCCUGAACCUGAAUGCUUCCGGGACGAGACUGACUCAGUACAGUCCGCUGGUCCUCCCAGCUCUGUUUCACCACUGGGUGGCGCUGCAGGAGACCUACUCCAUCGUACCACCAAUAGAACCAUAGAGGUCCUGGCCAGUACUGGCCUGACCACUAAGGCUGUUCUGACUGCCGUCAGCGACCACAAAUGGUGGAAGAACCAGCUCAACUACCUCCGACCACUGCAUGGUCGGAGUGGAGGCUCAAGGCUGUAG